GCGCGCCGCUCGCGCUGAUAACAAGAUGCCUUGCCGGCCUGCGCACGCGUUCGCUCAACUUUAAGCUCGCUCGCUCUGGAAUGGAUAUUCGAUGUGCUGUGGUAUAUUGACUAUAUAUUGUGAUUUUUUUAUACAACGUGUGAGUGAUUUAUGACCUAAAUAACACUAUCGUUUGAAGGAUUGUUGAGGAUUUUUGUCGGACUUUUGUGAUUUGAAAAUAAAAGUGCUGUACUAUUUUUUGCAAGCUGAAAAAUAUAGCCAAGGGAUAUAGUUCAAGUUUUUUCGGAUAAGGUAUGUUCGGGCAAACCCUACGGAAACUGCUUCGAGUUGAAAAACCGCCGCCAAACUGUCUACCGCAAAUGAGAUUAUACCGAGUCACCACGUCCAAGCGCUAAUAGGUCGGUGGCGCACGAGCCCGAUGAGCGCGUGCGCGGCGGCCGCCAUGCGCGAAAAGCACGCGGCGCCGCGCCGCCUCGCCUCCCCGCCCUCCUCGCCCCUCGAGCGACACCCCAGCCCCCUGGGCUCCCCGCGCGCCGACGAGCCCCUCGACCUGCGAGUCACGCACAAGCGCCCCCAGCGGCUAGAGGAUGAGAACUGUAACCUCAUCGUGCCGUCGCCGCCGCCGCACCCGACGCAUCCGGCGCACCCCGCCCACCCGGCGCUGCUGCAGUUCUGCCGGCGCCUGCCGCUCGCCCUGCCGGCCUCGUUCGGCCGCUACCCGUUCCUGCCGGCGGCGGCCGCGACCCUGCUCGCGCCCGGCGCCCCGCGCGCGCCCCCGGUUCCUCAAAACCCAGGAGUGAACAGAGCCCGCGACCGAUACACUUGCUCCUAUUGUGGCAAAGCGUUUCCGCGUAGUGCGAACUUGACGAGACAUUUACGGACACACACGGGCGAACAGCCCUACCGCUGCAAGUACUGUGAAAGAUCCUUCUCGAUAUCGUCCAACUUGCAAAGACACGUAAGGAACAUUCAUAACAAAGAGCGACCGUUUCGAUGUCGUCAUUGCGACCGUUGUUUCGGCCAGCAGACUAAUUUGGAUAGGCAUCUGAAGAAGCACGAAGCGGAGAACGGGGACGACAAUCGUCGGAGGUCUCCGGAAGAGACCUACUUUGAGGAGAUUAGGUCGUUUAUGGGCCGCGUCGCGCCCGCGCGUCGCGCUGCCACGGCCGCUAGUGUCGCGGACCACACUUGAUAGUAAACCUAAACAAAACUCCCAAAACAAUAAUCUGGUCGAUACAUCCAAAUGACUCUUGUGUGUAAAUAAUUACAACCUUACGUCUGACUUUGUGAGUUGACGCUUGACCGAUUUAUAAAACGCGCCAUUUAAAAAUGUAAACUGCUGCAAUGUACAAACAUUCCAUUUUGGCUGUACAAUUCUAUAAUGUAAAGUAACAUGUACAUUGUACAUAGACUUAGCGAAUAUUCCUAGUUGUUACCGCUUUUAUUUUUCUUCACAAAAAAUGGCGCAAAUAAGUGAAAUUAAUGUUGUGUCGGCUUUAAGGUUAUGAAUCAGUGAUAUACAUAAUUACAUACUCUAUGUAAAUAUAAAGCUAUCGUUCAAAGUAGUUUAGUUAGAACGCGUACCGAAUUUUUACUACCGAUAAAGAUAUACGAACUAGGAUUUAUUUUGUAUUCAUUGUGCAUAAAAGACGUAAAUAUAAGUUAAGUGUUCAGAGAGUGUUCGCUAUUUUAGAUUUAGAUAUAAAAUAAAAAAUGUAUGAAUGUAAGUAGUUUUGUAAUAUUUUUUUGUAAAUUUUGCUUCAUUUGAUGAUAUGUUAGUAUUUUAGUCUGAGAGGAAACGCCGGUUACCAAUAAACAUAUAACUUGUUGCUUAUUGAUGAUAUGAAUAAUUUUAUAAAAUGUUAGAAAAGUUGUUUAAAAUUGAUCUGAUCGAUGAACUUAUACUGUGUGUAAAUUAUUUACUUUAACCAUUUAUGAUCAAACUAGUUGAAUAAUCGAAAGAGAUAACUAUUAGUUCGAUAACCUGCCAAGGGAACCUUUUUUAAUUUACACAAGUGUUUAAAACGACCAAGUGGAAAUGGCUUCGGAUAUUAACUUAUAGUCGUAUGAUAUGCUACAGCAAGCGCACAGGGCAUGCCUGAAUCAGUUUCUGACAUGUACUCUGACAAAAUAUAUAUAUUAUUAUGUCAUGCCAAGACACCAGCCAUGCCCCAUAUAUUUUUUCAUAUCAUAACUGGGGUGCGCAUCCUGUUCGCUUGCUAUAGUAUCAUGUCUUUUGUCUCUGUCGAUUGUACAAACAGUUUUUUUCAUAAAUGGGUUCUUUUAGUUUUUAGGGCAAAACCACAGAGUAAUUAUUAAUAUUAUUAUUUCUGUGACGACGCUGUGUCGCCCUGAUUGUUAUGUUUAAAAUAUUACGCAAAUUAGAAUGUAUUUUUUUAUAUUUUUCUGAGAUUUUAAAUAUUUAGAAAAUUUUAUAUAAAGACUAUUGUAAAUCUAUUGACAAACUAUCUAAUUGUUUCAAAAUCGUUAAACUAAAUUAAGAUAAAACAACUGUGAUUUUAAUUAUUACUUGGCCACUAUUGGAUCUGCGUAUAUGAAUAUUGUAUCAAUUUAUUGACGAAGUCUCUCAAAGAACUAAUGUAAACGUUCCUUUAAGUAUAGAUAGAUCUCUAUUAUUGUUACGAGUAUAAAGUAUUGUAUAAACGUAUCCUUAUCGACACCUUACUAUAUGUUUAUUGCCUACAUAACUAUUAUGACUUUGGUGAAUGAGUAUACCUAUCUACUUAAUAUAAAAGAAUUAUUUAUUCAAAAUGUAUGCUUUUAAAUAUACCUGUUAAAAAUGUCUUCUUUAUUUCGCUUCAUCAGAGUAAGUAAAUAAUUCAAAAACAAUAAGGAUCUAUAAAACUGUCACUUACCAUUAAAUAUCAUGGUCAAGUGUUAUAUGAUAAUCUAGAUAAAUCUAUGUUAUUUAACUAAUUGUCUGUCUUGCCAUCUAUUGAUUACAUAUUCCUCUUUUCUAUGUAUAAAUAUAAAACUUAUGUUUUCUUCUGUUUCUUAUUGUUCUUAGUUUAUAUACCUAAUUGGAGCGCCAGAUUAUAAAAAUUAUAAGAAAACCACUAUUUCGGGAUAGGUACUAAUGAUAAAACAAAAAUAUACAUUAUUUUCGGUACAUAGUACCUACCUAUUCUUUUUACGUAGGUGCUUCUACAUAGUAAAUAACGCUCUAUAUUGGUAUAAAUUCUAAGAUACUUUUGUAAAUCUUAGUUAAUAUAACUAUUUUAUUAUCUAGAUUUUGGAAAAACAGUAUUGUAAUAUAUUUCAAUUACAUUCACACACCUAUUAUUGUUAUGUAUACCUAAUAUCUCUUAAUGUAAGAGAAUAAUUCUAUAAUAUAAUAAUAUUGUUAUAAUAUUUGGCGUUUACACUAUUUCAGAGUCAUUGUUACCUUUUAAAUUUAACAUUUUGCCAUGUCUUUACUGUUUAGUAUACUCGUACCAAAUCUAUUAAACAAGUAAGAGAUGCUAUUUAACUUAUCACUAGAUUGUGUAAGAAAUAGAGAUUAUUACCUUUUCGUUUUUGUACUUUUGAUACCUAUUAGUCGUUGGAAGGUCACCGAUUACCUUGUCAAAAUAAAAUAAAUGAUAUUAAAUCGAA